AUGAACACCACCUUCAACUUGGCGCUCAAGCAGAGCACGUCGAUCCGGCGCGACCUCGGCAGCGUCUUCUCGGCCGACCCCUCGCUCUCGUCGACGCGGGCGCCGACGCCGGCCGAGCUCGGCGCGCUGUCGGCCAGCCUGACGGCGUUCGCGCGGACGGUGGACGAGUACAACGCCCUGGCCAAGCAGGAGCUCAACCCUGCCAAGCAGGAGAAGGCGCACGAGCGCAUCCGCAACUUCCGCGAGGAGCUCGCCUCGUUCCGCGCCCAGUUCGACGCCGCAAAGGCCGCCCGCGACGACGCCGCCCACACCCAGAACCGCUCCGAGCUGCUGGGCCGCCGCCCGUUCGUGACGGCGACGCCCGAGAACCCCUACGCCUCCUCGGCGCCCUCGGCGAGCAGCGGAGGCUAUGGCCUGGGUAGUGGCGGCGACGGCGGCGGUGGUGGUGGUGGUGGUGGUGGUGGUGGUGGCCAGGGGCUCAGCAUGGGCAGCGACGACGAGCUGCGCGAGGCCCACGCGUUCCGGGAGCAGAACUUCUUCUCAAACACAAACUCGGCGCUCGACGAGUACAUCGCGCGCGGCCAGGCAGUGCUGGGGGACCUCGGGGCGCAGCGCGAGAUGAUGAAGAACACGCAAAAGCGGCUCUACUCGGUCGCCAACACGCUCGGCGUCUCGGGCGAGACCAUCCGCAUGGUGGAAAGACGGGCCAAGGAGGACAAGUGGAUCUUUUGGGCCGGCGUCAUCGUCUUCUUUCUGUUCUGCUGGCUGUGCCUGCACUUCCUGAGGUACUUCUGCCUCCUAUCCCGCCGUGCGAAGCUCGAUUGUGAAUACAACAUCCCUGUCCGUAACCACUUCAACGACCCUUGUUUCUGGCUUCACAUGGUUGCUCGUGGAGACCCGGCCGCCAAACUCAGUCUCCCAAUUUUCAACGUCCCACUCCAGGCCCUUUGUGGUGAUAAUGCUUCUGCCUUUGAUGGGGAUGAUCCCGACAUGUUUGCCAAAACUCUCGUCCAUCAUCUCUUCUCGCACGUGGAUGGUAUGGCGGCCGGGUUUAAGCAGGAACGUCAAGUUCUCGCUCGAAACGAGAUACAUGUGACCAUCCCGAUAGUCCUCGUCAGCUUGGAAGAGACAGAGGUGAUGGAGCUGACUCAACCCCUGGUCGAUGCGGCCCCCCAAGCCACCAACCGCGACUAUGUCGCAACGUCCUCGAGGGAACCGGAUGUGGCUGACAGCCUCCACGAUCUCGGGUGCUCUUUCACGAUCACGGAUGAGUUUGACAGCUUUGCCAAAGUCCGUUGA